UAGGAAAACAUAUGAACAACUCUUGUCAUAAGUGACAACGUUAUCCUUUUAAUCCAAUUUGAUGAUUACAGAAUCGCAUGUGUUGUUGGCUCUUCUUACUCAUUCUCAUCAUCGAAGUCGGGGAGCAGAAACGUUUGGCUCAAACACCAAACCUAAACAUUAGCCAUGAUUAACUUUCAAAGCUCAAUUGAUUCGACUGAAUAUUGAAACUGGAGAGGGUAUUGAUGACCCAGUAAAGAAAACAAGAAGCUAAAAUUGAAAAGCUCUGCUUUGUAUGAGUAAGCUGAAAAAGUCUCAACAUUUUUGUUUCCGUCAACUCUAUAAAGUCUAAACCUUUUUGUUCGUGUACUCACACGACGAAUACGUCCAUUUCAAUCUAAUGGAAGUCAACGAUGGUGAAGGAAAGGUGGAGAUGGGUUCAAGACUCAGCCCUGACUGGUCUGAGAUGACUCGGGAAUGCCUUCUCGACAUCUUCUCACGGCUGAGCCAUGAACAGAGAUGGAUCGGACCGAUGCUGGUCAGCAAGAGCUGGAUGAACGCAUGCUUUGAUCCAUCACUCAACACCAUCUUCGAUCUGGAAACCCGGUUUUUAUCGUUCCCGGAGUCGAUCAACUGGUGGACUCCAGAGUUUGAGGAUAAAGUCGAUUCCUUUUUCCAAUCUGUUGUUGAUCGGAGCCAAGGUGGACUCACAGAAAUUCGUGUCAGGCACUGUACAGAUCGCUCUCUAUCUUACGCCGCUGAGAGGUGUCCUAAACUUGAGGUACUUUGGAUUAAGAGCUGCCCAAAUGUUACAGAUGCAUCGAUGAUGAAUAUAGCCUCCAACUGUCUGGAUUUUAGUGUUCAAUGUGUUAAGUAA